GAAAGACCCAGAGGGAGAUGUGAAAGUUGACUCAAACGUGCUUCUCAGCAGUUCUAGCCAAGAAGUCACGAAGGACCUACUUGACAUGAUCGACCAUACAAGCAUCCGAACUAUUGAAGAACUGGCUGGAAAACUAGAAUUUGAAAACGAAUUGAACCGUGUGUGUGGUCACUGCCAAGAUUCACCCUUCCAGGAGGAAGCGUGGGCCCUGCUUCUGGACGAGAGCCCGCUGAAGGCCCCGGAUACCGACCCCGGCCUCAAGCAGGCUUUCGACGAUCAGAGUAUCAUCGAGACAGUUCUGGACCUGGAAGAGGACUACAACUUAAUGACCUAUUUCAAAUACCAAGCUGAGUAAGGACAGUCGAGUUUAGCUUUGGUUCUUUACAGCAGGAGGCUGCCCCCACGGAGCCUGUGAGAAGCAGCCACAGUGGUCACCAGGGGCCACGUUUUCCCGAGGAUUGGUGGAACCCGAAUUCCCAAGCCCCGUUUCACUUUUCGUUACUUGUGUUCCUUCAGCUGAGAGCCCACUCCUGGUAUUCUGUUGCUUUGAGAUGUUUCUUACUAUUUAUAUUUUUUGACUUUUAUUGAUAUCUUGAAAGUAUUUUUUGGUUGAUGUUCAAUAUAUCCAGUUCGCACACCCAGGUAGCGGUGAGUUA